AAACCUUCCACCUCUAAGUGUGUAUUUAAUGCAUAUUUAUUUAAAAUAGUUAAACAAGAAUUCAGCAAACUUGAAAAGCGCUGUGCCAUCUUACGAAACAUAAAGGGCAGAGUUCUUAUAAUAGUCAAAGGAGAGAAAAUUGCUGUAUUUGAAGAGAUGUCUGAUGCGGAGAUUAAAGCCAAUGCACCUCGGACUCAAUUUAUAAUACAAUAUUAUAAAGAGACUACACCCAAAGGGUUAGCUGUAGCAUUAUCUGUGAAGACUGAGAAAAAAAUUUAUACACUAUCCUGCAAGAACAAAAAGCUUCAUUUUAAGGAAGGUGCUGCCCCAGAUAAGAUUGAUGACAAAGAACAGGAUAUCUUAUUCUACCAAGAGAAAAUUUCAGGCCAUGAUAAGAUGCAAUUUAAAUCUGUUUUGUACCCAGAAUAUUACCUAGCAUGUAAGCAGGAAAAGAAGGGUAUUUUUAAAUUGAUUUUAAAGAAAGGGUGCCAGGAUACAGAAGGAUCUACAAAAUUCAUUGUCAUGUAUAACUGUGAGAAAACAGACUUAUGAGUCUGUUCGGAAUGAUGGUUUUAAUUCUGGAAAAUAUCUUAAGGAUAACAGCACUUUACUGGGGUCUUAAACUGCAAAAAAUAUAAGUAACUAUAUAAUCAUGGUUAUUUAAUCAACACUUGUGGGGAAGUGGGAAGUAGAAAAAAAUAUAUUUAGAUUUCUAAGUUCAAGAAACUACAAAUUAGAUUUAAUUUAUAAUAAUAGUAUUAAGAGUGAAUUUGUGAUUCAUAUAUAUUAUUCUAAAAUAUAAAUAUAAAAAUAGAAUUAUUGCUCAUAAACCCAAUGUAUCCAAUAAUACAAGUUUGAAUUACAAUUCAAUCAGUUCAAAUCAGAAAAUUAAUCUAAGUGCAUUAUUUGAGAGGGCAAUGUUCAACAUGGAGAGAUGUAGUGAAUCAUUAAGAUUGACUGAAGCAGAUUCUUUGCUACACAGUGCCUAAGAGCUUACUAAUCAGAGCUUCUAUCAACAACAAUGAUAUUUAGGAUAUUUUUAUCUAUUUCAUGAAUAUUCAUGGCCAAAGAACACAUUGUCUUGGCUAACCUUAAAAUAAACUUCUCCAUAAUUAGUUGGGCUAGUCCUCAGAUAUAAGAUGUCUCCAGGACUAUUUAAAGUCUUUCUAGUCUGAUAGAAUCUACCAGAGUUUAUGCCAUGCCAACUGCCUUUAAAAAUACAUUAUGAGGUACACUACCCUGAGAUAUCAAAGCAGAGCUUAGAGAAACAGAGAAAUAUAUGAAGAUAGAGAUUAUUGGGGAAAAAGGUAUAUAGUAAAGAGUGGAGAUAGAAAUAGUUAUAAACAACUUCAUGGUUUACAAAAAGCAUUCACUUCACAACAGCUCUGUGAGUCAGCACAGAGUCUUAUUAUUAUUACCAAAAAAAAAAAAAAAAAAAAAAAUUGUAAGGAAUUCAAAGCCUCAGAAAGGUUAAAGAACUUACUAGUGAUCACACAGCUAGUAAGUGUCAGAGCUGAGAUUUAAACUGGACACCUGAUAACAACCUGAACGAGAUAAAAUGAGAUCUUUCAAGACAGUUGUGAAAAUCGAGUAAGGCUUCAUCUAUUUCAAAGUUUGAGUAGGCCUGAAGGACUUUAAGAUCAAGGGCAUACUUAAGUCCCCUUCUUGUUAUCCUCCCUAUUUCAGCCAAAUAUGGGCAACUAUGUACUUGUUGGCCAAGUUCAAUUUCUUGGGUAGUUCCCGCGUUUAGAAUGUAAGCUACUCAGCCAAUAAGGAUGAGGGUCAGUGGUGGGAGGGGGAAUUUGCUUUAGGGAUAAAAGCGCCGACCCUACCCCCUACGGUGCUUCCUCCCUUCUACUGUCUGCUUGAUGUUGGGACGCCCGAUUCUCGCGAGAAAGUAAAUAAACUUUGCUUUGCUUCUAGAGAUCUAUCCAGCUGUUUUAUUAAUGGUUUCUGACUCACACAAACCCUCAUUUUUCUUUCAUUCCAACCCCAUUUUUCUUUCACUCCAACAUCGUGCUUCUCUUUGCCAUCAUAAGGGAUAAGUAAAUAUACUGAAAGAUGUUUAUUUCCAAAGUCUAACAAAAAGGGGUUAAAGGUCUCUUCUAGCUAGCAGAGGUGGAUUUUAAUAGUCGCCUUCUGGAGACAGUACUCCUUUAAUGACAAAUGAAGAGAAAUCUCUGCUCAUUUCUCUUGUCUGUGCAUCUUUUCAUCCACUCAUUCUGCAUUAAUUUAAAAAAAAAUUAGUGUGUGUGUGUAUAUGUGUGUGUUGAGGGGAGAAUUUUGUUCAUUGAAUAUUUAAUCAAAUUUUUAGUAAAAAUAAAACAAAUACCAGAACAACAAAUUCUGGUCCUUUUAAUAACAAUUACACAAAGCAAAUAACAAAAUUAAGCAAAUUUUGAGUUCUUUCAUUUUGUAUUAUUUUACAUAGAUUUCCCCCUAUUUCUAUAGAUAUUUCAUGUUUCUUCUUUUUAAUUCUAAUAUGAUGCUCAAUUUCAUUAAUAUACUCCAGCCUAUUCUGUUAUUUCCCAAACUUUGGACAUCUAGGUAAUUUUUUUGGCUGAUAUUUUAAGCAUAAUUUACAUAAUGCACAAGCAGAUUAUUUUGUAUUUUGAAUAUUUUCCCUUUAAUACAUUCCUAGUAAUGGAUAAGACCAAAAAAUAUGACCUUACUCUUGACUCUUAUUGCAAACUGACUGUAGCUCUCCAAAAAGGUUGCCUUUAUAUGCCUUGCCACCAGUGGCAAUUAAAUGUAUUUGCUUCCCUAUACUUUGCCAUUAAUGAACUAUUUAAAUUCUUUUUCUGUCUGUCUCAGUUUCUGUUUCUUUUCUUUCCCUUCCCCUUUCUCUCUCUUCUUUCCUUUUUCUCUUUCUCUUCUCUGUUAAUUUAAUAUGAAAAGAGAGGGCAAACCAUAACAAUUUUCCCAAUUUAUUAUUUAUUUUCUCCCUUUGGUAAAUUGUCUUUUAAAUCUUUGACUAUUUUUGUCCAUUGGUGAUUGGAAGCUACCCUCAUAGGCUUAUAUUAUAUUAUGUAUAAAAUGUGAAACUAAA